UUCAUAUAUCUUCAUCCUUGUGUUGUGCUAUUACUAAAGAAGUCAAUGGAAGUGAUUAACAAGAGCAAGAUCUUGAUCAUUGGGGUGACAGGCUACAUAGGAAGGUAUCUUGUGGAGGCGAGCUUAAGUAUGGGACACCCGACAUUUGCCUUGGUGAGAGAGACCACCAUGGCUAACCAUCCGGACAAGGCUCGCUACAUGCAAGACUUGAAGGACUCUGGUGUCACUAUACUCUUUGGGGACUUGUAUGACCAUGAGAGCUUGGUGAAAGCUAUCAAGCAAGUGGAUGUGGUCUUCUCUUUGAUGGGUCACCAUCAGGAUAAGCAACUUGCUGAUCAAAUUAUAAUUGUUUCUGCUAUUAAAGAAUCAGGAAAUAUCAAGAGAUAUUUUCCUUCGGAGUUUGGAUUUGAUGUAGAUAAAGUUCGAAUAUUAGAACCAGCGAAAAGCACAUUGGCAAUCAAAGCUCGUGUUAGGGAGGAAAUUAGGAUGGCUGGGAUUCCCUUCACGUUCAUCUCAAGCAAUCUUUGUUCAACCUAUUUUCUCUCUCGUCUUGGCCAAGUUGAGUCCACGGGAAUUCCAGAUGAAAAGGUGAUCAUCAUGGGCGAUGGAAAUACCAAAGUCAUAAUCAACAGCGAGAAAGACAUUGCAAUAUACGCUAUCAGAGCAGUGGACGAUCCAAGAACAUUUAACAAGGUCUUAUAUGUUCGACCAGCAAGCAACCAUUGCACCUUAAAUGAGAUUGUUUCUUUCUGGGAGAAGAAGACAUCCAAAACUCUUGACCGGAUCUAUGUUUCAGAAGAAGAGGUUUUGAAGAAAAUCCAAAGUUCUCUGGAGCCAUUGCCGUUCUUUUAUGCUAUUGCCCAUGCCUGCUUCAUCAAAGGCGAAACAUGCAAUUUUAAGAUUGAUAAGUCUGUUGGAGUUGAGGCUACAGAGCUCUAUCCUGAUCAUAAGUAUACAAGUGUAUAUGAGAUAUUGAAUCAGUUCAUAUGAUGAUCUGCAGCAUUUAUAUCCAGAGAUGGAAACAUGGACCUUGGAUACAUCAACAUUAAAUAAUAAUAAUAAUAAUAAUAAUAAUAAUAAUAAAUCUAUUUUAUGCUGCAUGAUGUGAUUUACAAGCUAGUGCAAUAAAUUAAGUAAAAUACGAUGGCGUGAUAAAUUUUGAUGCUUUGGGUCACAUAUGAUACAUUUGUAAACCAAGGCAAAUGCAAAAGUUACUGUCACUUACUGGUAGUUUAGUACAUCUGUGUGUGUAGGGCUUGCUUGCUGUCCUUUUGACGGCCCUUGUUGUUUCUGUUAAAAAAAAAAAAUCUUAUAAAUAUCUUCCUUAACCUCUCAAUAUUUUUUA